UCUAAUCCCUGCUAAUCCCUGCUGCAUCCCGGCAGUGUCUGUCCUUGGAGCAAGCAGCAGGGGCUGGAGGGGCCCAGCCUUGGGCAGGGGAGAGGGCGCCAUGAGCUGGCCGGGCGAGGCUUGGCAGGAGGGGCUGCCGGCACGGGCACUGCAGGGGGUGAGGGAGCUGGAGCAGCGCCUGGAGUGGGCCAACAAGGAGCGGGUCCAGAAGCAGGCACAGCUGGAUACACUGGAGGCCGCGCUACACAAGCAGAGGCAGAAGCACGAGGAGGAGCGUGGCACGUGGGCGCUGCUGGCCCGGGAGCGGCGGGACCUGGCCGAGGCCUGCGAGCUGCUGGAGUGCGGGCGCCAGCAACUGAGCCGGGAGCUCCAGGCAAAGGGGGCGCAGCUAAGCCAGCUGGAGGGGCAGCUGGGCCGGGCCACCCAGCGCAUUGAGGAGCUGGAGGAGGAGCUGCGGAGGUGCCAGGCAGAGCUGGAUAACCUGCGGUCAAGCACCCCCCUGAGCCAUUGCUGGGCCCCCCAGGAUGAAGGGGUUGAGCUGAAUACCUGGGAGCAAAAUCCCAGACUAGAGAACAGACCCCGAACACCCAGCAUGAGAUUGCAGCCCAGCAGCUCCACAUUGGGGGAGGAGCCGCUCGUGCAUCGAGGAGCUGCCUGGCACAGUGUCCCUCCUGGGGGCCCUGCCCCCCCAGAGAACAGUCAGGGGAUCCCAUCCCCUGGGGAGGAACCUAGAGAGGAGAAUGCAGGGCCGGGGCGAGGCCCCCCUGACGUGGAGGCCUGGGAGUUGAGGGGGGAACUGCAGUCAGUGCAGCAGGAGUUGGCCCAGUGCACAGAGCAGCGGGACCAGGCAGUCACUAAGUUGAGUGCCCUGGAACGGCGGGUGCAGCAGCUGUUGGAGGAGCUGAGGGGCCAGAGGCAGAGAGCAGGGGCCACGCAGCGCCGCCUGGAGCAGCAGGAGAGGGAGCACCGGCAGGAGCUGGCGAAGCUGGAGCGGCACCAUCGGGAAGCGCUGGAGCAGCAGGUUACCCGGUUGGACAUCCCUGAGCCCCCCCACCGCCCACCAAACAAGCAGGGCCUGGGGGGAUCAGAGCAGCAGCGGCGCCCCCCAGGCUGUGGCCGGCGCAGCCUCAGCAGCUCCCGGCUGGAGCGGGCACCUGAGAAACGAGGGGCAGCUGGGAAGGUCAGAGGUUCCUCAGCACAGGAUUCCCGAGCUGUGGGCAGGCUGGUGCCCGGUGGGGAGCGGGGCCGGGAGCCGGAGCCCCCCACAGAGCUGCAGGCCCUGAGGGCUGAGGUUUUGGGGCUGCGCCGGCGCCUGGCUGCCUCUGAGAGCCUGCACAGGGGGCUGCUAGAAACCUGCUGGCAGCUGCGUCAAGGCGCCCGGGACCUGACCGGGGAGCACCGGGCACUGGCCGAGAUGCCGCUGGCCCAUGAUGCUGCCGUGCAGCACAAGGAGGAGGCCCAGGAGCUGCGGGGAGCGCUGGGGCCCAGCCUGGCCAAAGGGGAGCGGGGGGAACUGCAGGCUCUGGCUGUGGAGUUGGAGGCUCAGGUCUGGGGCGCACCAGGGCCCGGCCUGCCUGGGGGGGAUGCUCAGGAGGUGGGGGAGCUGCAGGUGCUGCGGGGGAAGUUGAGGGCCCUGGCCCUGGGCAAGGCUGAGGCAGAGGCCCAGGCAGCCCAGGCCCAGGAGCGGCUGCGGCGGCUCCAGGAGACGCUGGGGUUGCAGACGGAGCGGCUGGCAUUAGCCUGUGAGGCCCAGAGCCAGCAUGUGGCAGAGCUGCUGACUGAGGGGCAUGAGCGGGAGCAAGAGCUGGAGCGCUUGGGCCAGGCGCUGCGGGAGGCAGGACGGGUCCGCGAGCUGCUGGAGGCUGAGGUGGGGCGGCUGCUGGUGCUGCUGGGUGGGGAGACGCCUUCCACCGGUCCCCCUGAGCCGCCCCCCACAGUCCCAGAGCCCAGCCUGCCUGAGCCAUCCCCCACAGUCCCAGAGCCCGGCUCCGCUGAGCCGCCCCCCACAGUCCCAGAGCCCGGCCUGCCUGAGCCAUCCCCCACAGUCCCAGAGCUCGGCCCCGCUGAACCGCCCCCCACAGUCCCAGAGCCCCCCGCUGAGCCGCCCCCCACAGUCCCAGAGCCCAGCCCCACUGAGCCGCACCCCACAGUCCCAGAGGCACUCACCACCACCCCCUCUGAGCUGCCUCCCAUAGCUCCAGAGUCUGGCCCCCCAAGUUUGGCCUCACCCACUCCUGCUGAGCUGCCCAUUCCCCUGGAGUUGGCUGUGGUUAGCAGGAUGUGGGAGCCGGCGGGGAAGCAGGCCUGGCACAGUGAGCAGGCACCGCUGCAGAAUAUCCUGUGGGAGCUACAGAAGCCGGCAGGCCAGGCUGGAUUGCAGGAGCAGCUGGAGGAGGUGCUGUCCCGUCUGUUGCAGGAGAACCGGGCCCUGCGGGCUGAGCUGGUGCUGUGGCAAUCCCACGCUCGAGAGGAAUGUACCACACCUGCCACUGGAGAUGGACAACACCAGGGGACCUCAGCCACCCCCCGUCCAGCGCCCCUAGGGGAUAGAGGCCAGGGAGACCUUGCUUAUGUUCUCCAGACUGCCUGGCCGGGGGUGCGGGAUGCCCAGACCCAGACGGAGGGGCCGGCACGGGGCAGGCGCCACAAGGAGCUCAUCUCGGCGGCCUUCGACCACACUCAGUAUGAGCCCUAUGGGCUGCCUGAGGUCGUCAUGAAAGGUUUUGCCGACAUCCCCUCCGGCCCCUCCUGCCCCUAUGUCCUUCGGAGGGGGCUCCUGGGCAGCACCCCCUUGGCCCAGCUGGCACCCAAAGCUGAGCCGGAGGAGGAUCCCACUGAACCUGCUAUGGGCACCAGCGUCUGAAAGUAUCUACACUGCUGGCCUGGAUGGCAGAAAUGUGUCCCCUCCGGCUACAAAGAUCCCUGAUAUUGCCUGGAGCUCCCCAGCUGCUAUGUGGCACCUUAUGGCUGAGAAGGGGAGUCCUUCCCCCCCUUCCCUCCACAGCUGGACAUGUGUAACCCUCUGGGAUUUAUUUUACAACUUGGCUUCCUUAAGGUGCUAAAAAUUGUGGGUGCUACAGUUCAGUGGACUCACAGCUGCUCAAUGCCCCCCUCCCUGCACACAAGGAAUUGGAGGGCUCAAUGAAUGGGGUUAAUUGGAAUCUCUGUCC